AUGCCUCCACCACUGCAGGCAUGGCGCGCCUUGGGCCAAAUCUCUCAGGCGGCCAAGGCCUCAAACUGGCAGCUUUGCCUUCAUCUCUGGCAACUCUUCCCGACGGCGAAGGUGGCAACUACUGCCCUUUCUGCCUGUGGCCGAGCACGCUACUGGAGACGCAGCUUGGCCAUCUACCAAAGCCUCACAGAUAGCCAGGACCUCUCUUCAGAUCCCGUGCCGCUCAACGCGCUCUGCGCCGCACUGGCGCAUGCAGUGCAGUGGUCGCGGGCCUUGCAUCUUCUCGGCACCUCCGGGCAUCCCUGGCGUAACAACGCGGAACCUAGGUCUUGA